AUGGACAAAGUAUCCGUCUCCCACCAAGAAGAAAACUCUCAUCCCAAUCUCACACUCAGCACCACACAAAGCCACGAUGCAAAAGCAGUCGGCCACCAAGACUACCAUGGCAUCGACACACGCGUCCGCUCCAUGGGCGCAGACGAAGUCUACGAGAAGAAGAUUUCUAUAAUGAACGAGGCCCUCAUCGAUCUCGGCAUGGGCAGCUUCCAAUGGAAAGUAUUUGCCAUGACUGGAUUCGGGUGGUUCGUAGACAAUCUAUGGAUGCAAGCCAUCACCAUCAUCACCCCCCCUGUGCGCACAGAAUUUGCCGUCAAGAGAAUCGCCUUUCUUAGUGUCGCCAAAUACGCCGGCCUCGUUGUCGGAUCUAGUGUCUGGCCCAUGACGGCUGAUUUCAUCGGUCGCCGUCUCGCUUUCAACAUUACGCUACUCAUCUCCGCCGUGGCAGGACUUGUUGGUGCAGGAAGUCCCAACUUUGUAGCUAUUGCCACGUUCUGCGCCUUUAUCGGACUUGGAACCGGUGGGAAUCAGCCCGUGGAUAGUGCCAUCUUUUUGGAGUUUGUACCCGCUACGCAUCAGUAUCUCCUGACGAUGCAGUCGUCUUUUUGGUCUGUUGGACAGGCGGUUGCCGCGCUUAUCGGAUGGCCUCUCAUUGCAAACUACUCUUGCUCAUCGACAACUCUCCCCGGACAAUGCAACUACCACGACAACCUAGGCUGGCGCUACGCAUACUGGACAUUCGGCGGCCUCACCCUCAUCAUGUUUCUCCUCCGUCUGCUCUUCCGAGUUCCCGAAACGCCCAAAUUCCUCCUCGGCAAAGGUCUCGACCAGCAGGCCGUCAACGUAGUCGCCGACAUAGCCAAGCGCAACAAGACAGAAACAUGGCUCACAAUAACGCACUUUGAAGCCAUUGACGCACAGCUCGCCGCCCAAAGAGCCACUGAUGACCCCGAACCGCCCUCCACCACCACGCAAUCCAUCGUCAGACGAACCAUUGAUAAAUUUGCCCCUCGCAAGAUCCAAGCCCUCUUUUCAACGCCCCGUCUCGCUCUCUCCAUGUCUCUCCUCCUAUUCCUCUGGUGCUCCAUCGGCAUGGCCUACCCGCUCUACAACUCCUUCAUCCCAAUCUACCUCGCCAACAAGGGCGUCUCAACAGGCACGUCCUCCAUCAACGAAACAUACCGCAACUACGCCAUCCAAGCUGUUUGUGGAAUCCCCGCCUCCAUCCUCGGCGGCUUCACCGUCGACAUGAAGCGCGUUGGCCGCAAAGGCACAGGAACACUCGCCUGUUUGGGCACAGGCGUCUUUCUCUUCCUCUUCACGAGGGCGGACUCGAAAAGCGCCGUCCUGGGAUUCAGCUGCGCCAUUGCGUUUUUUCAGAACCUCGUGUAUGGUUUGCUGUAUAGUUAUACGCCUGAGCUGUUUCCUGCGCCCAUUCGCGGCACCGCAAACGGGUUGGUGGCUGUGUUUAAUAGAUUGAGCGGGUUGAUGGCGCCUAUUAUUGCGGCGUAUGUUGGUAUUGAUACCGACUUGCCGGUUUGGAUAUCCGCCGCCUUGUUUAUGGUUGCUGGUUUAGUGUUUUUGGUAUUGCCAUAUGAGAUGAGAGGUGUGGCAGCUUCUUGA